CAGCCGCUGCUCGAGGGGCUGGGUGCUGGGUGCUCCGGGGUCGUCGCCGGCGCCAUGGACCGAGCCAGGGUGCUGGAGCAGCUGAUCCCUGAGCUCACCGGGCUCCUCAGCCUCCUGGACCAUGAGUACCUUAGUGACAGCACCCUGGAGAAGAAGAUGGCCGUGGCCUCCAUCCUGCAGAGCCUACAGCCCCUCCCAGCAAAGGAAGUCUCCUACCUGUAUGUGAAUACUGCAGACCUGCACUCGGGGCCCAGCUUUGUGGAGUCUCUCUUUGAAGAAUUUGACUGUGACCUGGGUGACCUUCGGGAUAUGUCAGAUGAUGGGGAACCCAGCAAAGGAGCCAGCCCUGAGCCAACCAAGAGCCCAUCUCUGAGAAGCGCAGCCGAAGUGCCCCCACCCCUGCCCAACAAGCCUCCACCUGAGGACUACUACGAAGAAGCCCUUCCCCUGAGCCCCGGCAAGUCCCCCGAAUACAUCAGCUCUCACAAUGGCUGCAGCCCAGCCCAGUCGAUUGUGGAUGGCUACUACGAGGACGCGGACAAGAGCUACCCCACAACGAGGAUGAAUGGAGAGCUGAAGAACUCCUACAAUGACUCUGACGCCAUGAGUAGCUCCUAUGAGUCCUACGAUGAGGAGGAGGAGGAAGAGAAGGGGCAGCAGCCCAGGCACCAGUGGCCCUCAGAGGAGGCCUCCAUGCACCUGGUGAGGGACUGCAGGAUAUGUGCCUUCCUGCUUCGGAAAAAGCGCUUCGGGCAGUGGGCCAAGCAGCUGACGGUCAUCAAGGAGGAGCAGCUACUGUGUUACAAAAGUUCCAAGGACCGACAGCCACAUCUGAGGCUGGCCCUAGAUGGUUGCACCGUUGUCUAUGUGCCCAAGGACAGCCGACACAAGCGGCACGAACUGCGCUUCUCCCAGGGGCCCACAGAGGUGCUGGUGCUGGCUCUGCAGAGCAAGGAGCAGGCUGAAGAAUGGCUGAAGGUUAUCCGAGAGGUCAGCCGGCCUAUUGGGGGAGCCGAGGGCUUGGAGGCCCCUAGAUCCCCAGUCUUCCUGUGCAAGCUGGAUCAGGACAAGAGAUUGUCCCAAGAGAAACAGAACUCAGACUCUGACAGCCUGGGUAUGAAUGACAGCAGUUCCACUCUCAGCCGCCGAGAAGCCUGUGAACAUGGCAAAGUGAAGAAGAACAGCCUGGCUGAACUGAAGGGCUCCAUGAGCAGAGCCGCAGGCCGCAAGAUCACACGCAUCAUCAGUUUCUCCAAAAAGAAGGCGCUGUCUGAGGGCCUGCAGACGUCCAGCGUGGAUGAGGUUCCCUGCUGUGGCUACCUCAAUGUGCUGGUAAACCAAGGCUGGAAGGAACGGUGGUGCCGCCUCAAGUGCAACACUCUCUAUUUCCACAAAGACCGCACAGACCUGCAUACCCACGUGAAUGCCAUUGCCCUCGGGGGCUGUGAGGUAGCCCCAGGUUUUGGACCCAGGCACCCAUUUGCCUUCCGGAUCUUGCGCAAUCGGCAGGAGGUGGCCAUCCUGGAGGCAAGCUGCUCAGAGGACAUGGGCCGCUGGCUCGGGCUGCUGCUGGUGGAAAUGGGUUCCAAAGUCACCCCGGAGGCACUGCACUACGACUAUGUGGACGUGGAGACCUUAACCAGCAUCGUCAGUGCUGGGCGCAACUCCUUCCUGUAUGCACAAUCCUGCCAGGACCAGUGGCCCGAGCCCCGUGUCUACGAUGAGGUUCCUUAUGAGAAGGUGCAGGAUGAGGAGCCUCAGCGGCCCAGUGGGGCUCAGGUGAAGCGCCACGCCUCCUCCUGCAGUGAGAAGUCCCAUCGUGCGGACCCACAGGUCAAAGUCAAGCGCCAUGCCUCCAGUGCCAACCAAUACAAAUACGGCAAGAACCGGGCAGAGGAGGACGCCCGUAGAUACCUGGUAGAAAAAGAGAGGCUGGAGAAAGAGAAGGAGAUGAUUCGGACAGAACUGAUGGCCUUGCGACAGGAGAAGAAGGCGCUGAAGGAAGCCAUUCGGAACAACCCAGGAGCAAAGAUGAAGGCUUUGGAGGAGGCUGUGGCCACUGUGGAAGCACAGUGUCGUGCGAAGGAAGAACAGAGGAUCGACCUGGAGCUGAAGCUGGUGGCUGUGAAGGAGCGCUUGCAACAGUCCCUGGCAGGGGGCCCGGCCCUGGGCCUGUCUGUGAGCAGCAAGAGUAAGAGCCAGCAGGAAACUACAAAUAAACCCCAAAGCAAUGUCCCAGAGCAAUCUCUCCCUGUCAACUGUGUUUCUGAGCUGAGAAAGAGGAGUCCAUCCAUUGUAACCUCCAACCAAGGAAGGGUGCUACAGAAGGCCAAGGAAUGGGAAAUGAAGAAGACCUAGAAAGGGUGAGAAUCCCAUCCUGAAGGAAUAUCAGCUUGUCCAUCUAAGAAGGAAAUGCUUUCUUCACAGAGACAUCAAGAAAAGACUGGGGCACCCAAAAGACCAGCUUGACUGCAUGAUUUUAGGGCUUGUGGGAAGGGAAAAGUGGAGGCAUCCUUCAGGCUUUUCAAAGUGUGGAGGUGGGAGUAGCAGGAGAUAGAAGUGUGCAGAGUUGUAAAGAUUAUGUUAGUAUCUUUGCCUUCUGAAGCAAUGAAAGCGCAUAAGUCAUUCCAUCCUUUCCUGGCAUCCCAAUCCCAGUCUCAGUCCUUAAGGCAAAGGAAGACAGUGUUGAAGCCCUGCUAGUGUCUGAUGAAAGAAAACACUGUCACCUGAUCACCCUCAGGCAAGCAUUCCUACUGGGCAUUACAGACAAUCUCAGGGCAUGAAUAAUGGGCUGGACAAUUAAUAUAUCCUUGCCUGCACAACAAUGAGCAAAAGCUAUUGAGAACAUAAAAAUUCCACAGUCGUUCUUCAUCUGUCUUAGAGCCAGGCAGACUAAAGCCACUAGAACCUUCCAGGUUUAAAUAUUCUAAAAUCAGAAUAUCUGAGAAUUCAGAGGGUAAAGACAGUUGAUCCGCUGGCACAUUUUAAACUCACAGUGGCAAAAGUAUGGAGUUCUCAUGCCAACACACUGUUGCAUGCACUAGAGGGUGGAGUCAUUUGCUGUCAGUCAAGUCCUUGCCUAUUUAAUGUGACUUUGAGGCUCCCGAGACUGUGGUUGGAGACUAAGUCUUUAGCCCAAGGAGUCUUCAUCUUGUACUAGAAGGCCCACAAACCUGUUUCCUUAUCUGCUGCAAAGUGAGAAUAUUAAGGAAAGCCAACAGGAUGGUGCCCCAGGGGUGCUAAGCCUUUUCCAAACACUUGAUUUUUCUAAACCUUACAUCCUAGGCACCCUCUUUCUAUGCCACUCAUAACUGUCUCAACACUGGGCUUUUGGGUCUGUUUUUUUAAUGUAUUCAUCUCCAAUAAAGAUGAAACUGUUCAGCUCUUAGAGGUCAGAGCAUAGCUGGCACUGUGUGUCUCAGAAUAAGCAGUGGAUGGUUUGCCAGCCUUGAAAUGUUGCCCACCUAAGGCUUACCAUACUUCAGCCUUACCGAAACCUUACCAGCCUUUGAAGUAGCUGGAGACCACAGCAGGAAAAUCACCCCACCAGUCACCUCCCUGGUAGGUCACCUCACUGGUAGGACAUGUACAUUAGGGCUCACUGCCCUGGGUCCCAGGUAGGGCUGUCUGCUGCUAACUGAAGGAUCAUCUCAGCAAAGUAGUUCAACCCCUCUGGUUCUCAUUGUGAGAACAGGCUAAGUGAUUGUAUACUCUUCCCAAGACUCCUGGUGGGUAUUUAAUGAGAUAAUUAAUGGGGAGCGUCUUCUAUGUUGUUUCAAGUUGAAAAUACCAAGUCACGGGUAGACUUUAAUAUCAAUAAGAUGAGAAAUGUCUGAUCCUUUGUUCUUUCUUUAAAAGAAAAAAAAUGAUUUAAAUAGUAACAGGUAUCAAAAGGCAUCUACUCCAAAGGGAAGGUUUUCAUUCCAAAUUCCACCUGUGUCUUCAGUGACAAAGAGCCCACAUUUGGGUUGCCAGUGCUUUUUAAAAAGAUGUAUAUUCUGCAAUGGUGCCCACCACUGUGUCUUAAGUAUCCAUUACAUCCUUUCUUGGGCAGUUAUUUUAGGGUUAAAUGCCUUUCCCACAAGUAGAUCUUAAACUCAAAGAAGGGUCCUGCAUCAGUAAUCAUCAUGAGGACAUACCACCUGCCAAGCACUAAGCCUUUGUCUCCUCAAGCCCAUUUUCAGAGCACAUCUAGUGCCCACCUUCUAGAAAAUGUUUCUCCUUAGCCAUUUUUGAAGAAGAGGUCCAGCAUUUUUCUCUUGUCUUUUAAAUAGUGUAUCCAGAAUCAAGCAAGAUGACUCAGAGGGUGUAAAGGAGCUUGCUGCCAAGUCUGAGGACCUGAGUUUGAUCCUCAGAACCCACAUGCUGAAAGGAAGGAGAGAACUAAUUCCCAUAAAUAGCCUCUGCCCUCCACUUUUUGGCACUCUUGCCCACCUGUACCUAAACACUGUGCAUGUGCGCACACACUCUAAAUAAAUGUUUAAAAAAAUUUUUUAA